AUGCCUGAAAGGCGUUCUUUGCGCUCAAACAAACCCGAUUCGAUUCCAACCACCAACGGAGAAAAAGCAAGAUCCAAUAGCUCCAGCUCGAAUAGGGACAAACCUCGUCCUACAAGGUCAACCUCAUCCCGAAGUAAAUCCUUUUCCAACAAAAAAGGUAUAACCUCCGGUGCAAAAGACACGAACGGCGAUCAACCUCACUUGAACGGCUCUGACCCGACCGAGAACGGUGUGGGCGGCGCGGACGGCGCGGACGGUUCGAAGGUUGACGACCAGCCAGCAGCUGUUACAGGAGUCAAGAAGUCUGGGAAAGAUAAGGAUGGUGACGAAGAAAUGACCGUUGUUGUACCGCCCCCAAAGGCGUCCAAGCUGACUGCCAGCCCCACUAAAGACGACGGGAAUGAUGUCGCGAUGAAUGGCAUAGAUGAUUCAGAAAGCCAGGCUAAAGAUGAUGUCGUUGAUCCCAAGGCCAAGGCGGUUGAUACUAUCAAAGCCAACUUCGGUCUUCUCGAAAGAGCCGUAUCACAGUUUGACCCUAGGUUCACGCUUCGGGUACUUCGUUCGAUCUCUUCUAUUCGCAAGCACAUCUCGGCCGAUGUGCUUGCUCAGGUUAUUUCUGACACAUAUCCGUCUUCAAGUCCCGCCGCGAAGGGUUUUCUAGAUAUCCUCGGCAAAGAAUACAGAUCCAGCAAUGAUGGCUCCAGCGAGAUGGAAGUGGACCCAAAGCCCUCAACGAAAAACGCUGCGACCCCAAAAGAAGUUCUCCCGGAGGUUGACGUCUACCUCUCCAUCCUUUGUCAGGUUCUUCUUUACGACCAAGAGGCAUUCGGCAAAGGUACCGAGUUCUCUGAUCGCUUGGUUGAGCACAUUCGAACGCUGAAUCGAAGAACACUCGAUUCGCUCGCCGCUCGAGUCUACUUCUAUUAUUCUCUCUUCUAUGAACAUACUGCUCCUCUACCGCCGUCGCCUGUGUCUGCUGUCAUCUCGAUCCGUCAGAACUUGCUUGCAGCGCUGCGAACCGCUACCCUUAGGAAAGACCAAGAUAUUCAAGCUACCGUCACCACGCUGCUCCUCCGUAAUUAUCUCUCGACCUCCCAUAUCUCGCAGGCCGAUCUACUUAUUAAUCACACCAGCUUUCCACCUGCAGCAUCGAACAACCAGAUCGCAAGAUUUCUGUACUAUCUUGGACGUAUCCGUGCUAUCCAACUCAAUUAUUCUGAAGCGCAUGAUCACCUCAUUUCGGCAACGCGCAAGUCGCCCUCAUCAUAUACCGCCAGCGGAUUCUACCAAGCGUCUACCAAGCUUCUGGUGGUUGUCGAGCUGUUAAUGGGUGAUAUACCUGAUCGAGCAAUUUUCCGACAACCUAGCCUGGAACGUGCGAUGCAGCCGUAUCUUCAAAUUGUGCAAGCAGUCAAUGCCGGUGGAUUGGAUAAUUUCAAUAGUCUGGUGCAAAAGCAUAAUGCAGCCUUCCGUCGUGAUGGCACUUACACUUUGAUCCUACGUUUGAGACAGAAUGUCAUCAAGACUGGUAUUCGAACUAUGUCUUUGUCGUAUUCGCGAAUUCGACUACGAGACAUUGUGCUGAGAUUAGGUCUCAAAAGCGAGGAAUCCGCGGAGUACAUUGUUGGGAAGGCAAUCCGAGAUGAUGUGAUUGAGGCUACGCUUGAUCACGAGGAUGGAUACAUGAAGAGCAAGGACGUGGGCGAUGUCUAUGCCACCAGAGAGCCUGGGGACGCGUUCCAUGAUAGGAUCCGAGCUUGCUUGGCUUUGCAUGAUGAGAGCGUGAAGGCAAUGAGGUUCCCUAUGAAUCAACAUCGCUUGGAGCUCAAGAAUGCACAAGAGGCACGUGAGCGAGAGCGAGAGCUGGCCAAGGAGAUCGUGGAUGGCGAAAUGGAUGAGGACGAUGCGGGAGGCGAUUUCGAAGGAAUGUAA